AUGUUCGGUCGGGGCACAGUGGCACCGAAGUUGGCACGACUUGCAGCCAGCGAGUUUCCUCUACACCUGUGGGCGUUCCUCCACGAGGACCCAAUCCAAGGCUUCCGGGACCCCGAGAACGAGACGUCGCCACCCACUUCGCCGCCGGACAGCGUGACCUCCUCUCGUGCUGCGUUUGCCGGGGCGGCAGAAUACCAGCGGUACUGGAUGCGGUUCUUCGGCUACUGGCACUACCUCGACCACCUGAAGCGGUGCAACAAGGGGUACGCCGCGGCGCUCAUGGACCCCGGGAUCGUGCUCUGCCGCGAGCUCGCGUUGUACGCUGCGGCACAGGGCUGGGACGCCGUGUCUGGCCUGCCGUGCCCGGUCGGCUUUGACCCCGACGAUAUGAGCAGGACGCUGCAGGCUGUCGAGAAGGAAGGCCCGAGACGUGCGGAGCGGUUAAUGCAGGCGAUGCUCAUCUCGGAUAACCUCUGGGUGGACGCUAGGGAGUUUGAGGAAGUCAAAGGGACCGUCGAAGCCAACAGAGAGUGGCUGCUGAAGGCCGCCCCAGAGGGGGAGUUAUCACCUUGGGUGGCGGAAUGUACUCAGCACAUCACCCUCUACUGA